GCGAUGGCGGCUGUCCCGGCGGGCGGCGGGGCGGCGCGGGGCCAUGGGGCCACCAGCUUCCAGCGAAAGGCCGCGGUCGGCAGCCGCCUGGCCGCUGUCGCGGGCACUCGGCCUUCUGUUCGCCACGGGCAGCUGCUGCUCUCCAGCGGGCUGCCCUCUCUGGAUUGUGUGCUAGGUGGAGGCGUAGCUGUUGGAACUCUUCUUCUCAUUGAGGAAGAUACCUAUGGUUUUUACUCCAAUUUGUUGUUCAAGUAUUUUCUCGCAGAGGGAGUUGUCUGCAGACAUGACUUGUUUGUUGCUUCUGCUAAAGAGCAUCCUGACAACAUCUUAAAGGAACUUCCAGCACCUUUGCUUGAUGAUACCUACACAAAGGAAUUGGGAGAAGAAGAAACGGCUGAUAAGCCUGAGGAUUUUCAGGAUUCUAUGAAAAUAGCCUGGCGCUACCAAAAUUUACCAAAAGUGGAGACCAGCCCAACAACAUCUACAAAAUUUGGCCAUUAUUAUGAUAUUUCUAAGACAAUGUCUCCAGAACUAUUUCAGUCCGUAAAGUGGCACAGUUUUUACCUUCCUGAAGAAUUGUCUUUACAGUCUAAAAUGAAAACAUGCAAUAUGAACAGUGCUUACGCAAAGCUGCUUCAGUCCAUUCAGAGGAUCAUUUACCAGGAAGGAUUUGAUGGCUCUGAUCCCCAGAAAAAAAGAAAGAAUAUUUUGCGGAUAGGAAUUCAGAGUCUUGGCUCCAUGUUAUGGGGUGAUGACAUCUGUAGCACUGAUACUUCUGAAGAUACUCAUAGCCUUACCAAAUUUCUGUAUAUUCUUCGUGGCCUUCUUAGAAAAUCUUUGUCAGCCUGCAUCAUCACAAUGCCUGCUCACCUCAUCCAGAAUAAAGCAAUUAUGGAACGUGUAACAAACUUGUCAGAUAUGGUAGUUGGUCUUGAAUCAUUUAUUGGCUCUGAGAGAGAAACCAAUACAUUAUACAAGGAUUACCACGGUUUGGUUCACGUACAUCAGAUUCCUCGGCUUAAUAGCUUGAUCUGUGAUGUGUCAGACACAAAGGACCUUGCUUUUAGAUUAAAAAGGAAGCUGUUCACCAUCGAGCGACUGCAUUUGCCUCCAGACUUGUCAGACACAGUGAGCCGCACAAGCAAACAGAAUCUGUCAGAAUCCGCCAAACUGCUGAGCUCAGGAUGUGGUGCUAUGGCCAUCGGCAAGAAGCACCUGGACUUCUAGUGAUUUCUACUUAGCAGUUUCACUCAGAUUUAUGUGACACUCUAAUUAUGAGUGUUAAUGACUUAUAUAAAUAUUUUUCUUAAUGAUUUGACCCAGCAGUCUUUAAAAAUACAUGUUAUCAUAUGGUGCCUUUUGUGUGUGUGUGUGUGUUCUGGUUUCUUUAUACCAAUUUGGGGCUUGUUUAGAUUUUGCUUUUUGUUAAACCUUCUGUUAAUGUUGGGUCCUUGGGUCUUGCCAUUGUUCUGCUCGUCUGAAAAGAGACAGUAUUUUAUUCCUUUCCUUAAAAUAUAAAAUCUACUCCUACACUUUAAUUCCUGUAUGGGUUUUUUACAACAAAAAUUAAGGGAUAUUUUUCCCAAUGGAUU